AUGUCCUGGCAGUCCCGGGAAGCUGAAGAGGGUCGCUGCAGAAUUCCAGCAGAUUUGGCACCUUUAAGGGGAUUUGAGGGUAACCUGUGCAGUGCUGGACGUGGGGUUCAGCGUGGAAGAAGCUGCCGUGCUGAGGCUCCAGGUGCUGCCUUGGCAGAUGCUCUUUGGCAGCUGUUGGUGAGACAUCUGUGCCGGGACGGGGAAGAACUUCCUGAGGUGAAGCCAUCCCUUCCAGCAGGAGGUGACCGUGGGUGGAGAAGGGGACCUGGCACAAACCCCUCCGUCUGUGACUCCACCACCAUGGCCCGGCCGUGGCUCCAUCUCUGCAUCUGCCUCCAGAUCCCAGGCUUCUGUAGAAACUUACUCUUACCCCAAACUCCAGAGCAUAUUUUAGCCCAAACUAACAAUAAAACAGAAAUCCUCUGUGAGCUGAAGAAGGAACACACCGGGCUGUACUGGUACCGCUGGAGCCAGGAGAGGCAAAUCUUUGAGUUCCUGGUGUUUUCCAACGCAUUGGGCAAAACCACAUAUGGUGCAAACAUCAGCCAAAACAAGUUUAGUGUCCAUAGGGCGAGUGUCCACAACUCCUACAGCCUGCACAUCAGCCACCUCCAUGCCUUGGACAAUGGCAUCUAUUACUGCUCCGUCUCCCAGUCCUCCCAACUCUUCCUGGGCAGUGGGACACAGCUCAGUGUGGUUGAUGUUUUGCCUCUGCCUUCAAAGACCACUCAGGCACCGGUCUCCAAAAAGCCCGUACGGUGCAUAACCAAAUGCAAAGCUGCCAGCAAGAAAGGUCCCUGCAGCCCCCUGAUCUGGAUCCCUCUGGCCGCUGGUGCCCUGCUCCUCCUCCUGACCCUGAUCUCCAUCGCCCACCGUCUCUACCGUCUGCGACGAAGGCUGUGGCUUCGCAUCCACCGGCAGUAAAUCGCAGCGGCUCCCCCUGCCUUGGACAGGCAGGGAGAAGCUACAGACCCUCCCCUGCACGAUGCUGAGCACUGCCUGGACAUGACCCAGAAAGAACAUUACAGGGGACAGACAUGGGCUUGUACCACAAAAGAGACACUUCUUUCCUGCAGCAGACCAUGACUUUAACGUUUUCAUCGGCACAACGUCUGGUGAAAGGACCUGUCUGGAUUCUUCAGCAUCCUGAGCACUUUUCACAGGGGACUGAGCAGGGCAAAUGGCAUAACUGGGUCUGCAUAGGGGGACGGGGGCUGGUGUACCAAAGGGAUUCAGAUGGGCUGGGAAGGUACUGUGAGCUUUUGGGUUGCUCCCGCUAGUGCUGAUUGAUAAGACUUUGGUAACGAACUCUUUGAGAGCAUCCGGCAGGGAUGGGGCAGGGGCAGGGCCCUGCAUAGAUUGU